AUGAAUUGUUAGUAAUUUGGUCACAUGUUACAUCAAAGUUCAAAAAACUUGCAAUUCCAGAAGAAAUAAUUAAAUUUGUAAAAGAACAAAAGAAGAGUUUUCAACAAGAUAGCUUGGAAACAAUUGAGAGGUCCCUUAAACAAAAUUCUACAGUUUUAUCUAGAAAUCUCUUAACAAAAGCAUUUUUUAGAUUAUUAGAGGAAUGUAUUUUAUGGGAGUUCUUUACUAAUGUAAAUGAAUUAGCAGAAAGAAUAUUUAUGAUGGAUUUCAUUGUGCCAUUAUUUAACAAAACAGUCCAUUAUUUUAAUUAUACUACAUCACAUUCAUGGAUAGAUAUAGAAUCAAAAGCCUUCAAAUUACGUCAAGGGUAUAGCCGAUGUUCUGACUAUAAAUUAAAUAAUAGAGAUGGUACACGCACAGGUGUACUUGCUGAAGUAACAAGUUCUAGACGUGCAGAUGAUGAGCCAAAAAUAUAUUGGGAUAUAUAUCAAGGAGCAAUAAAUACAAAAGAUGAAAUAGACCAGGAUAUCAAACAAAAUGAAAUAUAUCCGGAUAAAGCAAAAUGA